CUCUGUGGUCAUGAUUAAACAAGAGGAAACUUCUCAGAUAGUUAAUAUUCUUUAUUGAAAAUAUAAAAUAGAUAGGGCUAUCCAAGAAUCUUUCUUCGUGGUGAGGAUUAGACAAGGAAUCUACUCUUUCCAAACCUCACUUCCUCUUCUCACCAAUGCAAUCUGUGGCCAAUUUACAAAACAGUUACCACUAAUGUCUUCUUUUGUUGCCCUUCAUAGCCUGCAUGGCUCUCUUCUACGAUCCCAGUUUCUUGGCCAAGAUAACCUCACUCACCUUUAUCCUCGGAACAAGCCUUCCACCAUUAACACCAAAUCAAUAGUUCAACAACCAUGUGCAAAAUUCGACAUGCUGCAAAUCUUGGGAGGUAGAGGGCUAUGCAAUGGAGAAGAAGGUCUUCAACAAGAGCUGAAAAAGGAAGUUGGUGUUGAUGAGAAGGCACCACCACCAUCAGCAAGUGACAACAAGGAGCAAGAAAACUCCACAACACCACAGUCCUCGACAAGUGUUGCUGAAGAUGGGUUUGAGAAAGAGUUGAUGGGGUUAACUGGGGGGUUUCCUGGGGGUGAAAAAGGGUUGAAAAAGUUCAUUGAAGAAAACCCACCUCCCAAACCAAGUGCAAACUACAAAAGUUUGAGUCUUUCACUCUCAAAGAAGCCAAAACCACCAGAACUUCCUCUGUUACUGCCAGGAAUGAUUGCCAUUGUGAAGAACCCAAAUAACCCGUUUUACAUGUACUGUGGUAUAGUCCAAAGAAUCACAGAUGGAAAGGCAGGGGUUCUCUUUGAAGGAGGGAAUUGGGAUAGGUUGAUCACAUUCAGGCUUGAAGAAUUGGAGCGCAGAGAAAAAGGGCCUCCCAUGAAGAAUCCCAGGUCUGCAGCGCUUGAACCGUUUCUUCAAAAGAAGAAAUCAUAGUUCAGCUUUGUUACAAUUUGCAAAACACGUUCGCUUUUGUAUCAUAUGAUAUAUAAUACAAUGUAAUAAUAAAUCUAUCUGCCUAUUUGAUAAUUAAAAGCUUUGAUGAGGAUUGGUAUUGCUGGUUUUGAUGAUUUUGUUGGGUGAGUAGUAUUGAGGGAGAAUUAAAAGUGAACAAUGGUUGAAUUGGUGAGAAAAAAAGGUACUUAAUUGUGAACAUGUAAAUUUUUGUUAUGUAAACAAAAAAACAAAGAAGAAAUUGAUGGUGUUUAACUUAGUCUGGUUUGUAGUGUUUGUGCAGCUGUUCAAUGGUGAUGAGCAUUGCCCCUUUCCACUAUCAAUUAUAGAACUGCUAUGACUAGAAGAAGAUUACUAUUGAUUUUUCAUUUCAAUUGAAUGGUUUACACAUUAUUGACCUCAGGCGAGCUGAGUUAGUAGGAUGGGUUAGGUUAUUAACUUGUGUUAAAAUUAUCACAUCUUUCUUCCCUCUUUCC